UACAUGAAGGGCAAAUAUGCUGCAUACACAUAUACAGUUCUCCAUAAGAAUAACGACACCCGACCCCGACAAUGCUACGUUUUUCUUACAAUAUGGUGGCCGCCCAUAAAUGCCCUUUUUGGCCGUUCUGCUUGACUUCGCCUACGAUGCUGCCGUGUAUUUCCUGACGCGCGACCGACACCCCAUUUAUUAUUUGACUGCGCGGUUGCUGGUGCUCCUCGUCAAGUUUAUCGCGGGCCGCGGACGCCCAUCUCGACCACGGACUUUGCCGCGGCUGGAAGAGUUCUCCCCGGAUGAGCAGCGUCGGAUUAUUGAGACGGCCGCUGGUGCCCUGCCGCGUUGGAUCACCUUCCCGGAUUUUGAGCGCGUCGAAUGGAUCAACACGGCCAUCGCCCGCAUGUGGCUGCCCUGCAGCGACCUUCUGAGCCAGUUCUGUUCCACGCGUUUCGAGCGAUUUGUCAUCAAUGCGACCGAGCAUGCCUAUAACUUCAAGUUCGAGACGCUAACCAUGGGCACCAUCCCGCUGCGCAUCGUCGGCAUCAUGUACCGCGACGCACUGGACCGCAAGGAGAUCAUGUUCGACUGCGAGAUGUACUACAACGGCAACGCCGAGUUCGCCUGCAGCGUCUCCGGCAUCAAGGCCGGCAUCAAGAACGUCCAGCUGCGCGGCGUCCUGCGCGUCAUCCUCAAACCCAUCCUGGGGCAGGUGCCCUUAAUAGGCGGCAUCGAGUUCUUCUUCCUGAACCCGCCCGAUGUCGAUUUCGACAUGACCAACCUCCUCCUCUUCCCGGGGAUGAAGGGCACCGUUCACCGGCUGGUCCACGAACAGCUCAAGUCCAUGGUGGUCCUGCCGAACCGGCAGACGUUCCUGUGGGCGCGUAGUCAAGUCUACAACGACGUGAUGUUUGUGAUGCCGCGCGGGGUCCUCCGCGUCCACCUCAUCGCCGCCCGGGACCUCCUGGCGCCGGACACCGGCCCGAUCACCGCCCACGAGUGCAGUCCCUACGUCAAACUGCAGUUGGGUUCCAAGGAGGACAAGAGCAAACCGGUCCGCAAGAGCGUCAACCCCAACUGGGACCAAAUGUUCGAUUUCGUCGUCACCGAGCCGGAAGGGCAGAUCCUCCACCUCCAGCUCAUCAACGAGGAGAACGAGCAGCUCCUGGGCUCGGUGCUGGUCAGUUCCGCGCCGGUGGUGGAGGCGGAGUCCGUCGACCGCUGGUACGAUCUGGAGAGCGCCACCAAGACCCAGGUGCACCUCCGCCUGCAGUGGCUCCACCUCUCCGCCAACCGCGAUGACCUUUCGUCCGCCCUCCACGAAUGCCGGUACCUAGCGCCGCACGCGGAGUCCCCGCUGUCCUCCGGGAUCCUGAUCGUCGUCCUGGACUCUGCGGAGAACCUCCCGCGGUCUCCCGGGAAGGACGUCCCGCCCUCGCCCAAGGCCAUCCUCAAUCUCGACACCCAGACGUGGAAAUCCCGGACGUGCAACCGCACGUCUGAUCCGGUGUGGGAGCAGCAGCAUAUCUUCUACGUCAGCAAUCCACUGCUGCAAAAGUUCACGCUGACGGUGAUUAACUGCGAGGACCGGCACCGGUUGGGCGUGGUGACCAUCCCGCUGUUGUCGGUGGUGGAGACCGCGGAUUUGGUGGUGGAUAACUUUUUGCUGUUGAUGCACUCGGGACCGGAGGCGAGGAUCCGCUUGAAGGUGGUCUUGCGAAUUGUGACGUCGCGGGAAAUGGCGGAGCGCUACCGGAAAGAGAGCGCCGCCAAGGAGAAAAAGCGGGAUGAUAGUGUGGGAGCGCAAGCUAGGAGAUUUUACGUCUGACGGCUGCGCAGCGAAACCUGUUGGCUCUUUUCGGUGUUGUCACUAAAGCAUUGCAGAGUGUAGAAAAUACAACCGCUUUUGCAUUGCUACAGAUAGAAUUAUUUGUUUCCCUAUUUUCUAGUGACUGCUGAUGUGAAGCGCCUGCCCGUACGGUAUUGCCCGAAACUCCGUCUUUGCUGUAAGACCUGGGCAAGAAACUAGAAAAAUCACUAGACAUUUUUGCCACGAUUAUUACUUUAUGCAUGUUAUUAAUUAAUGUAGAAAAUACAUCAGCGGAGGAUACUGUAUGGUCACUAUGGUGUAUGUACAUGAGUCAGUACAGAGUACGC